AUGGAGACCUUGGAGAUAACUGAACCAUGCUUUCCACAACUCCUCAACACCUCCUGUAGACGGGCAAUUCGUCCUCACUUUGAGGUCAUGCUGACUUAUAUUCUGCUGUCCUUCAUCUCUCUGGUCACUGCAGCUCUAAACCUGCUGGUCAUCAUCUCAAUCUCCCACUUCAAGCAACUUCAUACUCCUACCAACUUCCUCCUCCUCUCUCUGGCUAUCUCAGAUUUCUUCAUUGGCCUCCUCAUGAUAUUUCAAAUUAUGCUCAUCGAUGGCUGCUGGUUGCUUGGUGACCUCAUAUGUACUCUGUAUCAGUAUAUAGCAUAUAUUGUUGUAUCUGCUUCCGUAGGAACCAUGGUACUCAUAUCUAUUGAUCGCUAUGUGGCUAUUUGUCAUCCUCUUCAUUACCCCAGGAAAGUCACUCUAAAAAGAGUUCAAGUCUGUGUCUGUCUGUGUUGGAUCUGUUCUGUGAUCUUUCAGAGUCUGGUUUUGAAGGAUAUCCUGGAACAGCCAGGCAGGUAUCAUUCCUGUGUUGGAGAGUGUAUAUUUUUUAUUAACUACAUUGCAGGAAUUGCAGAUCUCAUUUUUACAUUUAUUCUUCCCAUCACUGUUAUUGUUGUUUUGUACUUGAGAGUAUUUGUGGUGGCUGUGUCUCAGGCUCGGGCAAUACGCUCUCACGUUGAAGCUGUCACACUGCAGCAAUCAACAAGAUUAACUGCCAAAAGAUCUGAAAUGAAAGCAGCCAGGACUCUUGGUAUUGUCGUGAUUGUCUUUCUGAUAUGUCUCUGCCCAUAUUACUGUGUCGCUCUAACAGGCCAAGAUAACCUGCUCAAUGCAUCAUCUGCUACUUUUGUUCUAUGUUUGGCAUAUUUUAACUCCUGUCUUAACCCUGUGAUCUAUGCCUUUUUUUACCCUUGGUUUAGAAAAUCAAUAAGACUCAUUGUCACACUGAAGAUACUGCAGCCUAACUCGUGUAAUGCUCAAGUCCUGUAGAGGACAAUAAGUCAAGUAAAUCAAACUUCGAAUUUUAGAUACCAAACAUUUAUUUUCUGCAUUGUGCUUCAAUUUAAUUCAUCAAUGUGUGUCCUCUUCACACUGUGAUAUAAUAUGAAUCCAGUCUUGUGUUCCAUACCCCUCCAUACUUUCUCUAGCUGUAUAAAAGCAUUUUAUGUAUAUUUCAUAAGUAGUUUUGAAUGACAUUAUGGUAUUUUAAUGAGAUCAAAUAUGUGACACAUGGUCAUGCAGUAAAGAAUUUACCUUAUUUUUGUUUAGCUGGAAUCUUGAUUUUGAUAAAUAGAGGGGCCCGUUCAGCCUUAUUAGUCAAGGUCUGGAUGUUGGAAUACUUUUGGGAUGCUAUGGAGAAGUAA